AUGGCGGACGUGUUCAGGGGAAUUGGCGCAGUAGUGUCAACGCAAGUGUUAUCAAGGGCUUUGACGUUUAUUCUGAAUGUCUUAGUGGCACGCCUUGCAUCACCCUCUGCCUAUGGGGUAGGCUACGUGUCUCUGCAGCUUUUGAGCAACCUGGUGCUCUUCUUUGCCAAGGAGGGCUUCCGCAAAGUCGCGCCGGAUGCUUGA